AUGACCGGCGCAGAAAUCCUUCUAGGUGUUACCAGACUUCUAACACCUUUACUAGCGGCUCCUAUUGGAUCCACACUUCAUAGCCGCUUCCAUAAACCGCUUUAUGACUAUUACCCUGAUCGAGAACAAGUCUACGACUAUUUUAUCAAAUCAUGGUCUUCUCUCAACAAUAACGUUUUCAGACUCUCCAUGAUUCGCACAUUGGCGCACGAUGACCAUGACCGUCGCACCGCGUCGAAAGAACUCGAGCUAGCAACAAGGGCUUUCCAAGACAUCAACUCUCGAUUGAUCGCGUGCAAUACAAACCCAUCGGAACCGCGCCCAAGCUGCAAGGACCAGGAGAAGACGGGGCUGUUUCUGGAUGCUGUGGGAAGGAAGAUUGUAAAUGCAAAGGAGGGUAUAGUGGAGAUGUUGGAUUCAGUUGUAACAGCGAAGCUACCACAAAACUCGGGCAAUAUGUUCGGUAGUCUGGGUAAUUCAAAGCAUUAUGUCAAAAAGGGCCGGGGCGUUUCGAAGGUCAAAAGUCAGUUAGUUACGCACAUAACGGCAGACAGGGCAUAA